UUUAGUAAACCUUCAAAAGUAACGAAUAAUAAUUUAAAUUAUUUGGUUUACUACGUUAAGAUGUUCCUCCGGUUCGCAUGUCUUGUGAGCUUGUUCGUCCAGUCGUGGGCAUGCAAUUAUCUUAAUCUUCCAGGCGAAGUAAGAAACGUCCCGAAUCAGCACAUCAAGUUGGACCGUCCAGAUCUUCAUGAAAUACUCAUUUUGAUAAAAAGGGACAUUAAAAGUUCUGAUUUGUUGGCUUUUGAAAAAAAUAUUGUCGAUGGAACUUUUGGUCCUAUUCAUGUUUUUCCGUAUCAGGCAGUUUUACAACAUGAAGGACGGUUUGGAUGUGGUGGAGCUGUCAUAUCCAGCAAGUUUGUUUUAGUUGCAGCUCAUUGCCUGCUUAGGGCACCACUUGAAAAUUUAUCGGUGAGGGUCGGAUCUGACUAUUCUAUGAAUGGAGGUCAAGUUGCUCCAGUGAAAAAAGCAGUUACACAUCCAAAGUACAAUAAAGACACAAAUGAUUUCAACGUAGCAAUUUUGGAAAUGGUGCAACCUUUAACAUUAAGUGAAACUGUUAAGCCUAUAAUGUUACCCAAUACUGAAAAAGUCACCCUAAAACCUAACGAAGUGGGUGUGGUUUCUGGAUGGGGUGUCUUCAGGAAGCACACUCCCAAUAUGUUUUCUAAAGCAAGUCUUGACUUUGUGGUUGUACCGUUAAAAAGUUGGGAAAAAUGUAAACAGAAACUCGGCGAAGCUUUCACCCAGAACAUGAUUUGUACUGACUAUGGCCAAGAAAAUGGGAGUGCUUGUAUUGAAGAUGAAGGUGGAUUAUUCGUGUCAAAAGGCGUUUUAAUUGGCAUAGUAUCUGGGAAGGCAGAUUGUGUCAAACAUCAUAUUUCUGGUGUCUUCACCAAUGUGACUGAAAUGAGACAGUUUAUUAAUUCUGUAACUGGCAUUUAAUUUUUCUGAUCAAUAAUUUAUUAUAAAAGCUACAUAUAAAGUUUGUACAUGAAACUUAAAGGCAAAGGUAAGAUAGCUGAUUGAAGCUAUUAUUUUCCUCCAACAGGAAACAAUGUUGUUUUUUGUACAGACAUAAAUUAGGCAAUAUAUCUUGUAAUAUCAAAAGCUUUGAGCUUUUAAAAUUAUUUCAAAGUAUCCAUUUUGAUUAUUAACUUUAAAAUAUUCUAAUUAAGUACUAAAUUAAUAUUGAUGUCCCUGUUAAUUAUUUACUUUAUUCUGAUUAUUACUGUUAAUAAAUUUUCAUAUUAAUUAACUUAAUUUAUAAAUAGACAAAACGACAAGCCUAAAUUGAACGAUUUGGGUUCAUCAGUCCAAUAUUUCUUCCUAACGUCGAUGAAUUUUAAUAAAUUGUCAGUCCCACGCACUAUUUGCAUUUUAAAUACUAGAAUUACAAACUUGUAAACCGACGAAUUGACACUAAGUGUAUCAAUUAAUUAUUUAUGGGCCAUUACUUCCAAUAAAAAUUUA